ACCCGCCUGGUUCCGCCGAGGGGCACGUGGGGGGUCACGGAGGCAGGGGUCGAGGGGCUGGACUUCCUCUCUGGGAAUCCUCCGUCACUGGGUAGAAGGAAGGUUUUGGCGGCGCGGGCCGGCCUCGCUUUGGAGACCCCCGCCGGGAUGACGUCACCCUGGCCGGGACCCCCGUCCUCGUUUCCCGCGGCCUCCCUGCCUCAGUCCCAGCGUCCUCGGGCCCCGCCGGGAGAAGCUGGGCUGGGGUCCCCUCAGACUGACGGAUCCUUUCCCCGGUGACACUUCAUGGGCCUUUCCGCGGGUUAGAGAGAAAAGGGUUUUGAUUUUGAGAAGAGAUGUGAGCAGCUGGUCCCACCCCCCACCCGCCGUCCUUGUGCCAGAAAAGGCGGGAAUGUUCGGGGGUUCGGGUCAGAUACGGUGGCAAGGCGGCGGUUCCCGAGGGGAUGGAGACGCGCGCGGGCACGUGCGCCUCUGCGAGGGAGCGGCCGCUUGUAGCCCCGCGGGAGCCCGGCUUUGUGCUGAGCGCGGCUUGCAGAGGUCGCUCCCCUGACCUCCUCUGCGCCGGGAGGGAGAUGCUGAAGAAACCGAGGCAAGCGCUGAGGGGGCGGGGCCAUCGCCAGGCCGUUUUCUAGCUGGUGCUGGAUUCGAACUCGGCUCUUCCCCCUUGGCUGCUGUAGCCGCUGUGGCACCGGCUGCCCCAUGGCCGCAGUCCUCGCAGCCUGACUCCUUAGUUAGAGCUCCUCACUGCCCCGGGGCGAGGGAGGGAAGAAAGGUCUGAAGCUCCCUGCCAAGGGGUGCGAUAGCCGGACGGCUCCGGGACAAGGGCCCGCCGCCCACCCCGAUGGCCCCGGACUCGCAUUGACACGGGGGGGGGGGAGGUCAUGGAAACGGCCAGUGCCGGGCUUGGGGCUUGCAGGGCGGCUGGUGCUGGGCCCUCUGUGUGGUGAGCCUCCCGCAGGCCCCAGAGUCCAAGGUACAAACCACCGACGGCAUCCCCGGAGAUCCGGGCCGUUUGGGCUCGGCGUUAAGGCCGCUUAACCUUGCAAGGGAAGAAACUGCUGCAGAGGUAGUGAGAGGCCGGUGCGGCCGGGGGGAGGGGGUCUUGUCCCCGUCCCUGCGGGCAGCGUGCAGACGCGGGCUUCCCGGCCUCUCCAGCGCACGUGAGAUGGAUGAGUCUCAAUCUCAGUCUCCAUGAGAUGGAUCUCAAACUUUGCUUCUUGGUGUCUCUUGAUACUACUCAGAAUUAUUGAGGAUCUGCCCCAAGGGUUUUUGUUUGGGGGGGUUAUGUCUGUAGAUAUUGAUUAUGCUUGAACACUUAUUUGGAAUUUGUAGAUUGUCUGGAAGGUUUUUCAGAGCCCUCUGGGCUUCCCUGGACCAUCACUGCCAUGAUUAGGCAAAGGUUUACAAUGCGUUUUUCAUGAUCUCAUUUACUCCUCACUAUAACCCUGAAAAGUAGACCCUAUAGAUGUUGUUUUCCCAGUUAUACAGGUAAGGAAAUUGAGGCUUAGCCAGAUUUUAAAGAGUUAAAUGUUGAAACUCAGCAGAUUUGAUUUUAUUCCUUCAAUUCCUAUCUUCCUGAUUUUAGGCUAUAUUUUCUGGAACACUUGCCAACCAUCACUUAAAAAGUAGUUUACUUGGUUCUUAUUAAAAUUUGCUAACUAAGGAGUUAGGGGAUCUAUAAAGUUUUGACAAGACAUGAUUCUUAACUUCUUGGAACUUGUGUUGUAGUAGGGAGAUUAAACAUAGAUAACUACUAAUAGUGAUUGUACAUUUGCAGUAGGUUGGAGAGGCGAAGAACAUAUUCUACUUGGUCAUUAGCAAUGCGGAAUCCUGGAACACUUGAUGGAGAUGACAUUUGAAUUCGACUUUAACUGGGCUUUCUCCACAAAUUCUUCCUCUGAUCACAGUAUGAAACUUACACUGAAUUACUGAAAAAAGUAUGCCAGCCCAACCAACCAAAGUUCUGCUGAUCUGGAAAGACUUUUUGUCUUGGUCUCAUUGUGAAAACUAAGCUACCCAUCAGAGCAUCAUCAGUAGAGUAGCUACCAGCUGAUGGAUAUGAAAACUUCCCAAAAGGAAAAUAAAGUAUUUCAUGAGCUAAUGGGACAUCACAUUUUAUAGAAUUCACAAGCAGAAAACCUUUCCUUGUAGCAAAGAAUUAUGAGAGAGACAGACAGACAGAGAGAGCGUGCUUGAUUAAAAACAAUAGACACAUUAACUGAGCUGAGUCUCUUGCUCUGAAAAUAAGGGAGAGAGGUACAUUUUCUCAUUUAUUAUCUCCUGUAUGGUUAAGGUUUAAGAAAUGAGUGGGGUGGAGUGGGAGGGAAGCUUGUAUAGGAUUCAGAAACUGUAUACUUCUAUAUCAUGACUACGUGAAGAAUCAGAAGGUACUGUGCAGGGUGAGAAUAAAUGCUACAGCCAAAAGGUGGAAAUUUACUUUAUGUUAGGAAAUUUUUGGUUCUUGAUGGAAAAUUUUCAGAAUUAGCUUCCUGUGUGUUAUCAGAUUUGUUAGGACAAAGAUUUAAAUCAACAUGAAUUGGAAGAAAGGAUAAAGAUGAGAAAACAUUGUAAAAAUUCCUAUAGCUUUAAUCUGACUCAUACAAAUGAACUUUUGAUGCCAAAAAAGUAUGAGUGGGAGUGGGACUUUGAAGACAUUGACCUUUAUUGUCAUGAUUUCCUGUAAAAGUUUAGUAAAAAGCAGUGGUCAUUCUGUCAAGAAUCUUAGAAAUGAUCUUAGCCUAUAUACCCUUGGUUUUAGAGAGACAUUGCAACAAAACAGUACAACGUUAACAGACAGACACUUAUAAACUUUGUGGAAGAGGAGAGCACAAAUAGUACUGAGAAGGUAAUUCUAGUCUGUGCUACUUUACACGGUCCAGCUCCCUUUAUGACUUGCUUUCCUCAAUUAGAAUGUGAGUUCUUUCAAAACAGGGACUGUCUUACUUCCUUGUAUUUGUAUUUGUUUCCCCAGCUUGGCACACAGGAAGCUCUACAUUAAAGCUUUAUCCUUCUUCCAUUCAUUCAGAAAACUAGUUAAAAGUUUGGUGUGAGAUCCAGCUCAGCCACAUCAUCCCAAGAAUGUGUGUAAAUGAGGCUGGCAAGAGGACAAGUGGAUGUAAAAUUGGAUAGAUUUUCAGAGUUUUUAUAAUGACUUAAAUCACAAAUGGUAGGGAAGUCACCCCAUUUAGAUUCAAGCAGCUCAGUUACUGAUAGGCUAAAGAAGAAAGCCCUAUAUUUCUCCUGUCCAUAGGUCAUUAUCAUUUGGAUGUCAUUUCAGUUCAACAAAUAUUGACCAUAUCUAUAAGAAAGAUUAUCUAGCAGUAACGUGAAGGACUGGAAAUGGAAAAAAGUGGAGCUGGUUUGACCUAUUAGUACAGAGCAGUUCAAGGAGAAUGCAAAGAGCUGAGGAUGGCCCUGUGGAGCUACUAGGGAGCUUCAGGUUAUUAGGGGCCUGGGAGGGGAGGCUUGAGGAGAGCUGAGAAGAGAACUGAGAAGCCUUCUUGGAAUCGGGGGAGGGAGGGGCAGCAUCAGUACUUUGUAACUAGAUAGCAAGCAGCCAAACGAGGGAUACCCUUCACACUUCACAAUGACCCUUGGCCAAGACUUCACUUCUAUCUGCUGAUUCCCAAGUUCGCUCCCUGGUGCUGGGUUAUAUAAGACUAAGCCCAUAUUUCCAGUCACCUUGAGUUCAUUUCUACUUGGAUGUCAAUCCAAUGCAAUAAAUGCUAAUUGUUGUUUUAUGCAAGGGUUGUCUUAGGUUCUGGGGGUACCGUGAGAAGAGGAACAUGGCAUACAAAUAAGUCUGUUCCGAGGAAAAUUGAGGAGGGAGAGAGCAUGACCAACAAGGGGACUGGGGAGGAGUUCAUGCAGAGAGAGCCACAAGUGAGCUUUGAAGGAAGAUGAGGCUUCUGAGAGGUAGAGGAAAAGAAGGUGCGCUCUUAAGGCAGCAGCAACAGCUUGGAAGAAGAGAAGAAGAUACUCAAGUGGGAGAGACACAAGAAUGCAUACGAUGAGAAGCUGUUCUUUCAGCUUCCUAUGAGAGAAAUGUUUGGUCUCCUGUUGGGAAGGGAGAUGGCUUCACUAAAACAAGUCUCUAUUUUAGUGCUUUUCAAAAGUUUCUUUGAGCUUUUAAGUGAAUUUUAAAAAAUUAAUUCUCUGAAUUAAUCUUAUUUUUAUUCUAAUUUUAUUUUAGAUAUCUCAAAUGAUUUAGCAUGGAUCCUGUUGCUAGUCACAGCUGCCACCUCCUUCAGCAGCUCCACGAGCAGCGGAUUCAAGGCCUUCUUUGUGACUGUAUGCUCGUGGUCAAAGGAGUCUGCUUUAAGGCACAUAAAAAUGUUUUAGCUUCAUUCAGUCAAUAUUUUAGGACUUUAUUUCAGAAUUCUUCAGGCCAGAAGAAUGAUGUUUUUCAUUUGGAUAUUAAAAAUGUGGGAGGCAUAGGGCAGAUACUGGACUUCAUGUACACUUCUCACCUAGAUCUUAACCCGGACAACAUACAGACGAUGUUGGACAUAGCGCAGUGUUUACAAGUACAGAACGUCCUGACUCUGUGCCACGCCUUUUUAAAAUCUGCCGCCGCUGCCGAGCCGCCCCCCAGCUUGCCCGGUAACAGUGCGUUCUCCCUGCACGGGGCUCUGGCCGUCGAGGGCGGCGGGGUCCUGGGUGAGGACUACCCUGCCCAUCUGCUGCACGAGUGUGGCUCCGGUGGCCAGCCUCCGAGGGCCGGGGACGGCCAGCCUUCCCACGGACCAGCGCCCGUUCAUCUCCACCAUUCCUCAGGGGAAGGACCGAAGCAGACAGCGUCUGGUGUUGUGGAAAGCAACUGUACGGAGCUUCCGUUGAAGCAGUCCAGUUACUAUUACAAGCUUAGAAACUUUUAUAGCAAACAGUUCUAUAAACAAACUUCUUGUUCCAAUCAUGAGCGAGUCAUGGAACAGCCCUUUACGUUCGGUGCAGGCACCGACCUCAACUCUGUAGAAAACCCCGACUGUGCCGUGAGUCCCUCCGAAUGUGUCCUGGAGUCUUCGGAGCACCUGCCUUCCAACUUCCUGGCCCAGACUUUGAGUGAAGCCGCCCCCGACCCGGAGCCGGACAGCACGUCCUUGCAGCCUGCUGAGCAGAGGAGACUGAAAAAAGCGAUCCACCUCAAGAAACUGAGCUUCCUGAAGUCCCAGCAGGUGGCCCAAGAGUCACCGGAAGCCAAAGCAGUGCGUAGCCUCGCAAAGGGAACAGCAGACUCGCCCCUCGUGAGUGGGAGCGCCGUCGGGAAAGCCAGCGGUCCGGACGCUGAAGGAAAGGACGUGGAAGAAAUCAUUAGUUCGCAGAAUUUCGAUUGUAUUGCCGAGAUUGAAAGGACUGAGGGCACCAUCAGCUUGAGGGACCAGACCCAAAGUCUUCAGUUGCAACGACAAUACACUUGUGAACUGUGUGGAAAGCCUUUUAAACAUCCGAGCACUUUGGAGCUUCACAAACGGUCACAUACAGGUGAGAAACCUUUUGAAUGUAGCAUUUGUGGGAAACACUUCUCCCAGGCAGGUAAUCUGCAGACUCAUUUACGUCGGCAUUCUGGUGAAAAGCCUUACAUCUGUGAAAUCUGUGGGAAAAGAUUCGCAGCCUCCGGGGAUGUCCAACGUCACAUUAUUAUUCACUCGGGAGAAAAACCCCAUUUGUGUGACAUCUGUGGUCGAGGCUUUAGUAACUUCAGCAAUUUAAAGGAGCACAAGAAGACUCAUACCUCAGAUAAAGUCUUCACCUGUGAUGAAUGUGGGAAGUCUUUCAACAUGCAGCGCAAACUGGUCAAGCACAGAAUCCGGCACACCGGCGAGCGACCGUACAGCUGCUCCGCGUGCGGGAAAUGCUUUGGGGAAUCGGGCGACCUCCGCAGGCACGUCCGCACCCACACUGGAGAAAAGCCGUACGCAUGUGAAGUGUGCAGCAAGUGCUUCUCCCGCUCCGCCGUGCUGCGGCGCCACAAGAAGAUGCACUGCAAGGCCACUGCCGAGAGCCCCCCGGCCGCCGGUCCACAGGCACAGGCCAGCCCCGCCUCGGCCCUGGACAAGUCCCCGAGCCCUGUCCCUCUGCCCAAGGACGGCCCGGUGGCCUUGGGGCCAGCGUCUGGGAAGCUCCCCGUCGGCGCAGGAGGGAACUCUUCAGGGGAAUUUGGGAGCGGUUCUUCAGGUUCCUACUGCAAGUUGAGAUCCUUGAUUCAGCAGAAUGAAGGGCCGGACCAGGAGAAAUUGGGCCUCGAUGCUGCCAAGCUGCCCAGGACUCAGGAGCCGCCGCCGCAGCCUUAUGCUUUCCCGGAGGAGCCUCUGCCGGCCGAUGGCGUGGCCAUGAUGCGCUCCUCUGUGGUGGCUCUCGACGGCCACUGCGGCGAGGCCCUGAGCAGCCGUCCGUCGCCCGCCACGAACCGCGGCUCCGAAGGCCCCUUUUUUUCCAGCAUGACUCUCUGGGGGUUGGCGAUGAAGACGUUACAAAAUGAAAGUGAGUUAGAUCAGUAAUGCCUUGUAUUGGUGAUGCUCCCUCGACCUGGAACUUGCCAGUCUGAGAUCACAAGCGGAUUGUUGAGCGCCAGCCCUGUGCUCACCAUCAUAAAAGAGAAGGGCCAACGUCUCUAUGCUUGGGAGUCGAGAAAGGCGGGUUAGCACUUCACCCUCGGCCCAGAUCCUUGGGGCAGUCCCAGGCCGAGGUCUCUGCGAGGGACCUUUGAAGACCCUUGCUCCAUUUUAUAUAUAACCCAGCUGAGAGUCUCCCCUUCCCACUUCUGCCUCCCCCUCUCCCCCCUGCAGUGAUCCAUCCAUGAUCAAGUGUCAGAUGGGGCAGAAUCUGAGAGACUUUCGUCUCCCACCCUCUCGUUUGACAGAAGAUGAAGCUGAGGGUUUGAGGCGGAGAACAGCUCGCCCAGGCCUUCAUAGACUUUUAACACGGACUACAGAUCCCGGUUUCUUUUUACUGCCUUACGUGUUGGCACGUAACGGCUCGAGGCACAAAGGCCAGAGGGUUUACAUGCUGUUGAAAACCUUGAGGCGAUAUGUUGCUACACACUUGACUCCUGAGCAUUUUUCCCCAGUCAGGGUAAAACUUGUUUCCAAAAUUUUAUUUUUACACUUUUAAAAAAUAAGACUUGCAUUUUCAGCAUUUUAAUAUAGAUAUAUAUUUUUUUAAAGCCUAAAUAUUUUGCACAAAAAAGACUUUAUAUGCAUUUGUAAUUCAUGUAUUGUAAGUUAAUAAAUGGAAAUUACCUUUCUAUGUGAUAGGACCUAUUAGUAUAUUUUAUGUACAUUUAUUUAGUUCAUUAUUUAGUGUUUCUGUGUCUGAAUCGCUCUAGCUGUUUGUGUAUUGUGACACCCAGCUGAGGCUCUGCGCCCAGGAACUUUAUAUUCUCAUAUGGUGGGGUUAGGACAUGUACACAAAUAACUGAAAAAAGGAAAGAUGAGAGAGAUGUUGUAGGAGAAACUUGAGGAAAGCAUUUUCAGUUUUGGUGGAGUGGGGAAAACGAUGGACUCUAAGCAGGGUCUCGAGAGAGGGGCUCCCACAACCGGAGUAUUUGGGGAGGGGGUGUCCAUUUCAGGUAGGGAGGGUGGCUCAAGCAGAGUCACAUUGGCAGGAGGAAGGAUGGGAACUAGAAGUAAAGAUGAGCUCAGUUGGUCUGGACUGUCAGUGUCUGAAAGGGAAAGGCCAGACCGGUAAAGCCUGGAGCCAGAUUUUAGAAGCCUUUUCAGUGUCAUA